AGGCAUUGGCUUAGGGUCUGCGAUGCCGAGCAUGAUGGCAGGGUUUGAAGAUCGUAACCAGGCGUAUAAAGACAAUCCCGAAGGAUUGAAGAAUUUCCUUGGUGCAUUUCCUGAGACCAUGGCUGCGACAUUGGUGUUAAUAAGGGAGGUAUUUGGCGGAGCAGAGAACUAUUGCAAGGAGUAUAUGGGGUUAGAAAUUGCAGAUAUAGACAAAAUUCGGCAGAACGUGCUUCAGCCUUUGCCUCCUCCGUUUGUUUUCAUCGACGGCGUAGACAAUGUCCGCACUGUGGAUGUCUCUGCGAGGUCUCCAUUUGUCAAGGUCAAGCCAGGCAUCAUUUAUCGGGGCGCCGAUACCGUAGGGAUAACGCAAUAUGGGAAAGGACAACUUUUCGAACGUCGAAUUGAAACCAUCGUUGAUGUGCGCUUAGAGGAUGGCUCUGAUGAUGGUUCGGAUGUUGCUGAGACACUUGAGGUCUACGAAAAGCACCCACUACAAGCUUUUAUCCAAGCAUACGCCGAGACACUGCAUACAAAUGGAGAGGGCUUCAAACGUUUCUUUACUUAUCUUAGGGACAAUCCCGACAAGCCGGUUUUAGUCCAUUGCUCUGCUGGAAAGGACCGGACAGGAAUAGCAAUUGCUCUACUUCUAAUGGUUUUGGGUAUUCAGUAUGACGACAUCAUUGCAGAUUAUGCAUUGUCGGGCGUUGGCUUACAGUCUGCAAUGCCGAGGUUGAUAGAGGAGUUUGAAGCACGUGACGUAGCAUAUCAGAACAAUCCUAAAGGGUUAACGAAUUUCCUUAGUGCACCUCCUGAGGCAAUGGCUGCGACACUGGUGUUGAUAAGAGAAAAGUUUGGUGGAGCAGAGAAUUACUGCAAGGAGUAUAUGCAGUUAGGAAGCAAGGACAUGGAGAAAAUUCGCCAGAACUUGUGCUUGAAAGUGCCUCAACCUCGACCGACGAAGUUUAGUCGCAGCCAUAACGCGAUGUAACUGCUAUUGCAGCACCGUAACCGCUUGAAACGUACCGGAUCUUCUCUCAGCUUCAUUAUUCACCAUAUUCAUAUCAUUUCUUGAAUAUUGUCUCUCACCAUGUGACUGACCACCACACUCCUUUCGACAAACUCAAGCGCACCAUUCAUUUGUUAUUAUUUUCCUUCAUAUUCUUCAUAUUUGCUAGUUAUCGUUGUCAGUAGGCUGAGAAAGCUAUCGUUUGAUAUAGACACCCAUAAUAGAUAUUUAUACCAGUUGACCCUCGU